UGAAAUUUUUUUUUUUACGUCAGCCCUGGUUGCCUGCUGGUAGAUUACGCGACCGUGUUAAUAUCUGGUUUUCUAUAAUUCUUCAAUAAAAUUGUAUGCGACACCAGACAUGCAUAAGGUCCUGAGACAAAUAUCCCAGCUGAGGCUGCAUUCGAAACCGCUGCUAGAGCCUAGCUCUGGCAACGCCAUACAAUCCCUUGCUGUCGUUCCUGCAGUUCAUCAUCCCAUGCUGACGGGAGGCCAAGUUUCAGUCAGCGCUAGUCGAGAUCUGCACACAGCUGCCGGAUCUGGUGGGCUUUGUGCCAAAUGGAAUAAAAACAACCACGGGCCACGCAAAUGGCUGGAAUACAACAAAACAGUUCAUCCACCUCAGCAAAAUGAUGAAGAGCCGCGCAAGGCUUAUGUCUGUCACAUGCGGAGUAAUAUCAAAUACAGUCCAGACAAGAUGUGGUACAUUGCUGCCUUCGUUCGAGGCAUGAGUGUGGAUGAGGCCUUAAAACAGCUCAAUUUUGUUCUCAAAAAGGGAGCCACAGAUGUCAGAGAAACCAUACUGGAGGCCCAAGAAAUGGCUGUGCACAAUCAUAAUGUGGAAUAUAAAAGCAAUUUGUGGAUAGCCGAAUCGUUUGUGGGCAAGGGACGCGUGUUUAAGGGCAUGCGACGACAUGCCCGCGGUCGUUACGGUCAUGUGGAGUACAAGCAUUGCCAUUACUUUGUCCGCCUGGAGGAGGGUGAACCGCCAGUGCAUUAUUACCAGGAGCCCCAAACACCGCAACAGCAAUAUGACCAAUGGAUGGAACAGAUGCGCAGUCGAAAAAUUAUCAAUUCGUUGUAGGAAUCCUCUUCUUCCCAAUCCCAAUCCCGAUGCCAAUCCUCAUCCUCCCUCCUCUAUCAUUUACAAACUUUUGUGUUACAAUAUGGAAACUUGUUUAAUAAAUUACCAAAUCAAAAAAGAA